AUGCCGCCGUCAUUACCAUAUGCCGCCGAUGUCGAGUCGCCGCUCAAGCCUGAAGAACUGCAGGUUCUGCGCGCGCAAUACGAGAAAGAGGGCGAAUAUGUUGGGCUACAGACAAAGUUCAACUACGCAUGGGGUUUGAUCAAAUCUACCUCACGUCCCGACCAACAGGAGGGAGUGCGCCUCCUCUCUGAGAUCUUCCGCAACUCGCGCGAGCGCCGGCGCGAAUGCCUCUACUACCUCGCCCUAGGCAACUACAAGCUCGGCAACUAUGCUGAAGCCCGACGGUAUAACGAGUUGCUGCUGGAGCUGGAGCCUGCAAACCUCCAGGCUGGAAGCUUGAAGGGACUUAUUGACGAGAAGGUCGCAAAAGAGGGGUUAGAUCUUGAGUUGAUUCCCUUCCGCGCCUACUUCCGACACAAGGCCUCUCCUGCAGUCUUGUCCUACCACCCUACGUUUUAUCACAUACGCCUCAGGCUCGCGACUAUGGACCAGUCCAGCAACCAGAAUGCGCCGCCACAGAAUCAGCAGCCUGGGCAUCGCGACAUGAUGUUUUGCCACGAGUGCGCCGACGAGUGGUAUCGGGAUGAACACGGUCUCUCGUGUCCAGAAUGCGGCUCAGAUUUCACGGAGAUUAUCGAAGACAACAAUGACCCAAGAGACAGUACCGGAAUGUUUGGUCACGAUGGCGACGACUCCGACUCUCUACCUGACCACGAACACGCCCUACCUCACCUGCAUCCUCAUCAUAACCCAUGGCAAGCUGACGACCCUGAGGAGGGGGAUAUUAGCAAUGUCAGAUGGACAGAAACGGGUCCGGGGAGGUACAAUCUACAGGCUACCGUCACUCGCUCUGUGUCGCCCCAGGGCGGCAUGGCGGUGCCCGGGUCCAUAGGCGGAUUUAUGGCCAUGUUGAACGGGCUCACGGGGGCUGCAUUACGGCCACCCCAGGGUCAGACGCAGGGUCAGGGCGAGGGUCUGUUCUCUGGCGCUGCGCCAGGGUCCAACCCGAACCAGUCUACUUUCCAGGAAGCUCAAAAUCAGGAUGCGGAAGGAGGGCCCCGAUUCCGUGGAGGAACCUUCACAUACCAUGGCGGCGCUCGACUGUUCCCUGGAAAUGGAAACAACCCUGGGCGAGCCGAGCCCGUGGAUGAGAUCACCAAUGUUUUGACUGGCCUCCUGGCUACCUUUGGUGCACCACCUCCUCGCGUCCACGCCCACAACCACCCCUUAGGCGGCGCUGAAGGUACUUUCCGUGGCGAACACACUCAUGGCGCCGGCGAACCGUUCGCAGGUCACCCUAUCCUACAACUCUUCUCCUCAAUGGGCAUGAUGGGCCCUGCGAGUAACAUGGGAGAUUUCGUCUAUUCUCAAGAGGGCCUAGACCGCAUUGUCUCUCAACUCAUGGAGCAAACUUCAACCAGCAACGCACCCGGCCCUGCGACACAAGCCGAUAUUGAUUCUCUUCCUCGUACCAACGUCACGGAAGAGAUGCUAGGUGACGAGCACAAGGCCGAAUGCAGUAUAUGUAUGGAUGAGGUCAACAUCGGCGAACAAGUAACGCUACUGCCAUGCAAGCAUUGGUUCCACCACCCAUGCGUAUCCGCGUGGCUGCUUGAACACGACACCUGUCCUCAUUGUCGAAAGGGUAUCACCAAGGGUGGCGAGGGCCAGUCUAACAACCCUGCGUCUGCAGACUCACAGACGGAUCGUACGUCCCAGAUGCCCGGUUCAUUCACUCCUUCCGGCUCGGGCACGUUCAAUGAUCCCUACGUUGUUCCCGCAGGAUCUCCACCGCCACCUUCCAACGAUCAGGGCAGCUCUUCUAAUAACGCGAAUGCAGACUCGGGUAACGGUGGCAUCAGUGACCGGAUACGCAGGGGUCUGUUUGGAUCUCCGCAAUAG